AUGAAUGAGUUUGACCGAGACGUGGACAAUGACUUGGAAUUCAGUCAUAAAUCAACCAAAGGAAUCAAAGUGCAUCGCACUUUUGAGAGCAUGAAGUUGAAACCAGAGCUACUUAAAGGUAUCUACGCACACGGGUUUGAAUCACCCUCUGCCAUCCAGUCGCGGGCCAUUAUGCAGAUCAUCAGUGGACGAGAUACCAUUGCGCAAGCCCAGUCCGGAACGGGGAAGACCGCCACGUUCUCAAUAGGGAUGCUUGAAGUGAUAGAGCUGCGGUUGAAAGAGUGCCAGGCGUUGAUCUUGUCCCCGACUCGAGAGUUGGCAACUCAAAUCCAGAAUGUGGUGAAGCAUCUCGGGGACUAUAUGAAUGUGCAAACUUAUGCGUGCAUCGGCGGCAAAAACGUGGGCAUCGAUGUCAAGCAACUACAGCUGGGGCAGCAGGUUGUCAGUGGGACACCUGGGAGAGUUCUUGAUGUGAUAAAAAGGCGGAAUCUUUCGACUCGCCACAUAAAGAUUCUCAUUCUCGAUGAGGCUGACGAGUUGUUCACCAAGGGGUUCAAGGAGCAGAUAUACGACAUCUACAAGCACCUCCCCGCUGGCGCCCAAAUUGUAGUCGUGAGCGCGACAUUGACGCCGGAGGUUUUGGAGAUGACCAACAAAUUUGCAACUGAUCCUGUGAAAAUCUUGGUCAAGAGAGAUGAGGUGUCGCUAGCUGGGAUCAAGCAAUACUAUGUACAAUGCGAACAAGAGGAUUGGAAGUUUGAUACUCUCUGCGACUUGUACGACAAUUUGACCAUAACUCAAGCGGUGAUAUUCUGCAACACCAAAGUCAAGGUCAACUGGCUAACAGACCAAAUGCGGAAGCAGAACUUCACAGUGGUGGCCAUGCAUGGAGACAUGAAGCAAGACGAGAGGGACUCGAUCAUGAAUGAUUUCAGAACGGGCAACUCGCGCGUGCUUAUCUCGACAGAUGUUUGGGCGCGAGGCAUCGAUGUGCAGCAGAUCUCGUUGGUGAUUAAUUACGACUUGCCAAAUGACAAGGAAAACUAUAUCCACAGGAUUGGAAGAUCGGGCAGGUUUGGCAGGAAGGGAACCGCGAUCAACCUAAUAACCAAGAGCGAUGUGCAAGAGCUUCGAGAUAUAGAAAAGUACUACUCUUGCAAGAUUAGAGAAAUGCCGAUGAAUGUAAACGAGGUUAUGUAA